AUGGCACAAACACAUGAAGACAAUGUAAAGGAGGUAUUCUUGAGCUACACGCGAUCGGUAUUUAAGAGGUGCGGCGCGGGCUGUUGGUUCGUAUUGUUCGCGUUGAGCUUGUUAGGAGGGCUAAUGCUGGCCUGGUGGCUACUCAACUACCACUCGACCAAUGACGAGCAAUGGAUGGUGCCUUUCGGCCUAAUCCUAUUCCUCUCGCCCCUCUUCGUUUUGAUGGCUCUCUUCGUCUCCAAUUUUUGCGACUCUCAGCCCGAAAACCCGUUUCACGGUGACCCGCAAAGAUGA